AUGUGGGAAGCCAUCAUCCAGAAGGGAAACUUCCUUUCUCAUAAGAAACAUCAUAUUGCAAAGAAACCUUCUGAAUGUGGAAAGGCUUCUAUUCCAAUGGCAGGCCUCAUUGGAUACCAGAGAAAUUAUACUGGAAAACCGUAUGCAUGUAAGGAAUGUGGGGAAACCUUUAAUGGCAAAUCAUAUCUUUCUGAGCAUGAGAAAAUUCAUACUGGAGAGAAACCAUUUGAAUGUAAUCAAUGUGGAAGAGCCUUUAGCCAGAAGCAAUAUCUCAUUAAACAUCAGAACAUUCAUAGUGGAAAGAAACCUUUUGUAUGUAAUGAAUGUGGAAAAGCAUUUAGCCAGAAAGAAAACCUCAUUAUCCAUCAGAGAAUCCAUACUGGAGAGAAACCUUUUGAAUGUAAGGGAUGUGGGAAAGCCUUCAUUCAGAAGUCAAGCCUCAUUAGACACCAGAGAAGUCAUACUGGAGAGAAACCCUAUGCAUGUAAGGAAUGUGGGAAAGCCUUCAGUGGCAAAUCAAAUCUCACUGAACAUGAGAAAAUUCAUAUUGGAGAGAAACCCUAUAAAUGUAAUGAAUGUGGAACCAUCUUCAGGCAGAAGCAAUACCUCAUUAAACAUCAUAAUAUUCAUACAGGAGAGAAACCCUAUGAAUGUAAUAAAUGUGGAAAAGCCUUCUCUCGAAUCACAUCACUUAUUGUACAUGUGAGGAUUCACACAGGUGAUAAACCUUAUGAAUGUAAAAUAUGUGGGAAAGCUUUUUGUCAAAGCUCAUCUCUUACUGUGCAUAUGAGAAGUCAUACAGGUGAGAAACCCUAUGGUUGUAAUGAAUGUGGAAAAGCCUUCUCGCAGUUCUCAACUCUUGCUCUACAUAUGAGAAUCCAUACAGGUGAAAAACCUUAUCAGUGUAGUGAAUGUGGAAAAGCUUUUAGCCAGAACCAUCCACUUGUGGUACAUCAGAGAAUUCACACUGGUGAGAAGCCCUAUGAAUGUAAAGAAUGUGGGAAGGCCUUUAGUAGUGGCUCAAACUUUACUCAACAUCAGAGAAUUCAUACUGGGGAGAAACCCUAUGAAUGUAAGGAAUGUGGUAAUUCCUUUAGUCAGAGCUCACAACUUAUUAAACAUCAGAGAAUUCAUACUGGUGAAAAACCUUAUGAAUGUAAGGAAUGUGAAAAGGCUUUUCGUUCUGGUUCAGACCUGACUCGACAUCAGAGAAUUCAUACUGGGGAGAAACCCUAUGAAUGUAAAAUAUGUGGGAAGGCAUAUUCUCAGAGUUCACAACUUAUUAGUCAUCAUAAAAUUCAUAGUGGUGCAAAACCAUAUGACUAUCGGGAAUGUGGGAAGAAUUUUAACUAUGGCUCACAACUUUAUAAACAUCAAAAUUUAUACUGGUGA